AUGAGAUUUCGAUCGCAAUUUUUCGGGCCACUCUCAAUCGUGGGGCUGGCAAUUACAGCCGCCUUUAUUCUGGGACUAAACUAUUCCAGCUGGGACCGCCCAUUCUGCACAUGUACUGACGGCGAUAGCUGUUGGCCAUCCGAGUUGCGAUGGCAGGAUCUUAACGCCUCUGUGGGCGGUCGUCUCAUUGCUCCAGUUCCUCCGGCGUUCGUCUGCCACGACCCAAACUAUGACGAGGCCGAAUGCGCGGCUAUUCGCGAGGACUGGGUCUGGCCAGAGAUUCACGAAUCUUGGCCAGGCGGCAUCCAGAGCCCCUACUGGCAGAACUCGAGCUGCGAUCCAUUCAGUCCUGUUGACAUCCCUUGUACGCUAGGCCAUAGCGUUUCCUACGCUAUCAACGUAACAAAUGCAGAAGACGUGGUGCAAGGUCUUUCAUUCGUACGCAGGCACUCCCUCCGGCUAGCCAUCAAGAACACGGGACAUGAUUACAUGGGAAAGUCCACCGCAAAAGGAGGGCUCGCCCUAUGGACAAGUAGCCUCCGUUCGAUAGAAGUGCUGGAUUUUGCAAGCGAAACAUACACCGGUCCCGCCAUCCGUAUGGGCGCUGGCGUGCGUGGCCUGGAAGCCUACACGGCUGCCGCCAACAAAGGCCUUCGUGUGGUUGGAGGCUUCUGCCCGACGGUAGGCGUCGCUGGCGGUUAUACCCAAGGCGGAGGCCACGGUCCGUUGAGCUCACAGUAUGGGCUCGGAGCCGACCAAGUCCUUGAGUGGGAAGUCAUCACGCCUUCCGGAGAACAUCUGGUGGCGACACCUCUGCAGCACUCAGAUCUGUACUGGGCCUUGAGCGGAGGCGGACCUGGUACCUACGCCGUCGUGAUCUCGGUAACAGUGAGGGCAUACCCCGACGGUUUAAUCGGAGGUGCGACUCUGGCAUUCUCGACCGCUGGGGUGGCGAAAGAUGACUUCUGGGAUUUUUUCAAAAGCUGGCAAGACCUCCUUCCUAGUCUCACUACAGCCGGUGGGACAGCUGGAUACGCCGUCACCAAGGACGCCUUCUUCAUCGCACCUAUUACCCUCCCUGGGUGGACCAAGAAGCAGGUCUCCGGGUUGAUAAGCCCGCUGGUCGAUCGACUCGAUGAGCUGGACGUACAGUACAUGCUCGAAGUGACAUCGGAGCCCACAUUCUUGGAACAUUACAGUCAGCACGGCGGACCUCUGCCCCGAGGUCCCUACACGAUCCACCACCUCUUUGGCGGAAGGAUGAUUCCGCGCGCAACUGUCGAGGAGAACAGCACCGCUCUUGUCGGGGCCUUUCGCAGCAUUCUCGAAGACACGGAUGCUUUUCUGGGAUUUGUUGCUCUAGAUGUGAAGCAGGAGCCUGGACGGGAACCCGUUGCGGACAAUGCCGUGCUGCCGGCCUGGCGAGACACCCUAAUCACUGUACUCGCACAGUCUACGUGGAACUUUAGUGCGCUUAGAGCAGACGGACAACGCCGUGCCGACGAAAUCACCGACGUCGUUGUGCCGAGACUGAGAGAACUUACGCUUGAUUCCGGGACUUAUUCGAAUGAGGGCGAUUUCCAGCUCAAAACCUGGAAGGAGGAUUUCUAUGGGGCAAACUACCCGAGGCUGCAGGCCACCAAGUCUAAAUAUGACCCCGAGGGUCUUCUCUUUGGGCCUACUGGAGUAUCUAGCGAUGCAUGGUCGAUCGAUGAACAGGGCAGGCUAUGUAAAGGAUGGGCAGACGGACUCAGGUCGACUGGCCUUGUGCGGGUCGCCAUUCUAAAGGCUUGGGCCACGCUAUCAGCUCGGUCGAGAGAAGCACAACAGCUUGCACGCGGGUAUUUUGAGAUUUCGUCUGUGAUAUUUUCGACUCAGUAG